AAUAAAGAUAUUCCAUUAACGCAUAACAUUUUUUUCGUUGUAGAAGAAAUUUUUGCAUCACCAGAGGCAAUUUGGUCAUCUUUUGAUGGUACACACUUUUUGUUCGCCUUAUUUAACGACACAAAUGUUGCAAUGAUGACGUACCCAUGGCUGACGUCUGGAGCUUUAUUUUCUAGGAAAGGCACGGUUUCUGAAAAUUUUUUUCCAGAAACGAAAAUUGUUAGAUAUCCAACUCCGGGAACUGCCAACCCGGAUGUACAGUUAUGGGCUGUUGACAUAACAAAUUUAACCGCUAUACAAAAAUUCAAAAUAAAACCUCCUGCAUCGUUUGACGGACAGGACUAUUACAUCACAUCAGCAGGUUGGAUAUCAGACACAAAUCGCAAAGUAUCAGUAGUCUAUAUGGGACGAUCUCAAAAUUACAGUGUAAUUUCAACGUGUUCUAAAUUUCAAAACUGGAAUUGCUUAGAGGUUCACUCUGAACGUGCUCCGGAAGAUGAAUGGUUAGAUAUCCUGCCUCACCCCGUUUUUUCGUCGGAUGGUAGCAGCUUUUUGUUAUUAACCAGUAUUCAGGAGUACGGACAUUACCAAUUCACACAUAUAAAGCAUAUAUCCAUAUCGCAACGAAAAAUUUCUGUUAUAUCUCAUGGUCGAUAUGAACUGGAGCCCGAGGCCAAUCCAGCGCUCACAGAUGUGAGGUCCAUGAUGGUUCUUGUGCCGGACUGCCAUGUCUACGUUUUGCUCGAUGACAUUUUGCUUCAGCAACGAUUGGCCAACCUCUGA